CCACAAAAAAAAAUUGUAUUGUCACCAUCAGCAUAUAAUUUAUUGUCGUAAUAACGAAGCAGCAAUAUUCACUGCAUGUGCACAGCCACCUCGCGACAGGAGCGAUCGCAAAGCAAACCCGCGCGCGCAUUCAUCAGAAAGCGAAGCAUGACUGCCGAAGGGCUGCGCUUACCGACUCAGAUGCGCUGGGCGCCGCCAGGUGUUCAGGGCUUGCGAGUGCGGAUGCUUUGCGGCGAAAAGAGCGCUUCAUGGCCGCUGGGGGCGCUGCGGCAGCUUCCCGCGACAGAGCUUGCUGGGGCCUUGCGGUGCAACGAGGAGCAGCCGCGGCCGCGGAGCUGCUUCCAGCCGACGGGGAGGUCUUGGAACUCCUGCGCGGCGAAGAGUCCCGAGCUCGCCAUGUGGGGCGUUCGAAGCGCGGCCGCUGCAGCCUUUGCCAGCAGCCGAGCGACUCCGCCUCCCGGGACGGCAGCCUGGUGGCGGCGGCCUCAGGACGGCGGCCUCGGCCUGCCUCCGCUGGGCUGCCCCGGCUGCCGGGCUCUGCGCUGCUCCGCCGCCCUCUGCGGCUCCAGGAACCAGCUCAAGAAGUUCCUCUCUAAAAAGAAGUGAGUAACGCACCCCCACCCCCCCAAUAAUAAUAAUAAUAAUAAUGGACAGUCAUUAGUUUGUAACACUUUCCUUAUCUUUCUGAGUAAGGCAGACUUCUUUUGGGAAAGGAUAAAGUCAUAGAAUUGUAGAGUCAGAAGGGACCGUGAGGGUGCAACCCCCCUGCAAUGCAGGAAUAAGGUAAAGGGUAAAGGGACCCCUGACCAUUAGGUCCAGUCGUGGACGACUCUGGGGUUGCGGCGCUCAUCUCGCUUUAUUGGCGGAGGGAGCCGGCGUACAGCUUCCGGGUCAUGUGGCCAGCAUGACUAAGUCACUUCUGGCGAACCAGAACAGCGCACGGAAAAGCCGUUUACCUUCCCGCUGGAGCGGUACCUAUUUAUCUACUUGCACUUUGACGUGCUUUCGAACUGCUAGGUUGGCAGGAGCUGGGACCGAGCAACGGGAGCUCACCCCGUCACGGGGAUUUGAACUGCCGACCUUCUGAUCGGCAAGUCCUAGGCUCUGUGGUUUAACCCACAGCGCCACCCGCAAGUAUUCCCAAUGCAGGAAUACUUUUGCUCAACAGGGGCUCGAACCCACGACCCUGAGAUUAAGAGCCGGGUGCUGUACCAGCAGAGCUCUCACUGCUAUUCACUAGGUCCUGUGCAGAGUAUCAAUGACACUUGCUGCCCAGGAAGCUCAUAAACUGCAAUUAAUUGUUUUUCUGAUCCUACCCACCCCCCUUAAGGAGGGGAUUGGGGCCCUCCUUUAGCACUUUCCACUGAUUAAUAUUGUUAUGAGUUGGUGGGGGGUGGCAGGGAAGUAGAAUGUAUGUGAAAUCCUUCUAACCCCUGGAUCCAGUAAGUGUUAAGAUUAUAAACCAGGCUAUUGUUGUUUUUGUUGUUGCUGUUGUUGUUCCUGUUUCAAUUUAUAUAGUGCCCUUUAUCAAAAGGUCUCAGAGUGGUGUACAGCAUUAGAAAUACAUUACGAAAUAUCAAAAACAUAGUAAAAAGCAUGCUGACAGACAGCCUGAUAGUAAAAUCAUCCAUCAUAAUAACAGUCCUCUCCCCCACACUUUUGCAGGCCCUCGAUUAUUUAAAAGCCAUAGGCUUGGGUAAGGAGGAAUGUUUUUGCCUGGCAUCCUAAAGACAUGUAAUGAGGUCGCCAAUUGAGCCUCUCUGGGGAGAGCAUUUCACAAAUGGGUAGCCGCCACAGAAAAGGCCCUUUCUCUUGUUGCCACUCUCUGAACCUGUCUGGAAGCGGGACAUAGAGAAGGGCCUCAGAUGCAUCUGCCCAGGGCCAUCUUUAGCAGAUGCAGCGCUGGGGUGCAAAUAUCCGCUCAGUGCUCCCAUAUUACCACAGAUGGGGGGAGGCGAAGCUGCGCCCUGCCAGCCAUGGGGUGUGUGUGUGCAACUGUCCCCCAUGCCGCUGCAGGAGAGCAAUCCCCGCAGAGGCUUGGGAGGCAAGCUGCGCAUGCGCCAGCCAUAUAGUUGGUGAGGCGCAGCUGGCAGGUGUGCAGGGAAAGGGGAGGCCGCCAGCAAAGCCGCGCAGCUCCCCCACUUGCUGGGGCACCCCUGAGAGGCCAGCGCCCUGGCGCAACGAACCACUAAGCCAUAUGGGAAAGACGGGUCUGCAUCUGCCUCUCCUAGAAUAGUGCUGCUGUAUUUUGACAUAUGUUUGAUACAUUAUUGCUCAUGUUAAAUCCAUAAAACUCAUAUAGUCUCUCUCUUUUUUUCGAAAGGAAGAAGUUUUGGUAUGAUAGUCCUGCACUGGGCUCUUCCCUGGUAAGCACAGACAGAUUUUUAAAUUGGAAAGACAACUACGAUGGAAAAGUAGAUCAUGCUUGAUGCACAAGAUAUUCCUCUCAGCAAUCUUUUUUUGUUUUAAAGGCACACAAGCCAUCCAACUUGGCAAGUAUAUUAAAGCUUCGUCCACCAAAAGUGAAGACAGAAGACAGCAUACGUAAAAGAGCCCUAAAUGUUCUUCUGCUUAAAGCCGUGAGAGAUGUCCUGAGUACCUUUGAGGCUGGCCAAGAAGUUUAUGACCUCAACGUGGAACUGUCUAAGGCAAGUACAAAAGGCGUCAAUCCAGCAAAGUCCCUAAUAUAAAGUUGUGAGAUCAGAAAUGUAAUGGGAGUGUCAAAGCCCAGUCAUGAAACCUGUUCUAUAGAUUUCAUGAUGGUUGUUGAAGUCUGACCAAAGAACUGUAACAGAAUUGGAAAAGGGCCUGUAGUCCAACCCUUGGUUAAUGCAGGAUAUUCAUCACUCCCUGUCGAAAGUCGGGCAUAAGUAGAAAAAGUUGGAUAUGGGAAGUGAACAGCUAGAUACACACGUAUUGUUGUCAGGAAUUGCUUUGCUUAGGUAAUAGUAAUCCUCUUCUUGAACCUCUUGAAUGUAAUGGGAUUAUUGUCACUGCCCUCUUCCAAGCUUAGAGUUCUUCACCAUGUAAAAUGUGCCCUUACAACUGGCAUUUUGAACUCCAUAGGCGUCCCUCACAUCAGAUUUUUCAGUAUGUCGUAUCUACUGGAAGACUACUGGCAGUGUGGAACAUGAUGACUACAUUGAGAAGGUUCUACAGAAGAGUGGUCCACGUAUAAGGUACUACAGUGUUGUAUCCAGAGGAGGGUGAAUGUCCUUGUCUAGAGGCCAUAUUGGCAACUUUAAAAGGGCACGUUGAGUGUUGGACUUAAGAAUAUGUGGUCAGUUGACUGGUUUAUUAUUUGGCUGUGGUCAAAUUUCCAAAAUCUAAAAUGCCACUAUGUAGGUGGUAUAAAAACUUUGUCUAACACUGUAAAGAUGGUGAUUCAUCUUUAAAAAGUGCUUCUGUGAUUAGCAUAAAUAUUAAACCUGUUCACAAUUCAAGCAUCUCUUUAACUAACACGUUAAAAAUAGUUUGCCAAUAUAUCAUUGUCUAACUCAGGCAUGGCCAAACUUGGCCCUCCAGCUGUUUUGGGACUACAAUUCCACAAUUCCCAUCAUUCCUGACCACUAGUCCUGUUAGCUAGGGAUGAUGGGAGUUGGUAGUCCCAAAACAGCUGGAGAGCCAAGUUUGGCCAUUCCUGGUCUAACGGUGUUUUUGUUACUCAAAUGCCCAACUUUAGCUUGCUUAUGUUACACCGUUAGGCUCGCAAACACCUUCAGCACAUGCGGAAACAUGUAUGUACUGUUUUCCUUCAGUUACAUUCUUAUGCAACAUGCACAGACAGAUAUGCAUGCUUGCUCAUGUGCACACAAACAAAUACACUUCCAUGCAAGUGUUCAAAAUAACAUUUUUGUGUAUACGCAGAGCAGUCCAUGUUACUUUUCAAAUACACACAUACAAAAGACGUUUCUGCUUCCCUUCAUUGGUACCUACUUGACUGGGAUCUGCAAGAAUCUGCUCUAGAAGAGGAAGCUGUUCUGCUGAAUAAACAGGAAAGAGUGGCUUGUUUCCUGUGCAUCACUCUCACUUUGCAGGAAAUCCCCGCAAGGGUACAGUUAGCUGACAUGGCCCUGUGGAAUGGGGUUUGCCACAAAAGUUGGGUGGGCCUACUUCACACUUUGAAAACUGAAUAAUUUUCCAAUAGAGUAAUUAGAAGAUGUUACAGUGCUUCAUUUUUUUCAUUCUAUGUUUGUUUUUUGAUUUUCAUUUUCUCCACUUAACAAAAUUGUAGCUGAUUUUAAUAUUAGAGAUUUCUCCUUCCUUCCUUUUUUUUACAGACACCUUCUGAUUUCACAUCAGGUCCUAGGAACUGUUCCUUCAUUAGUGUUUGUCAGAGACAAAGAAGAUGCUGCUAUAAGAGAGGUAAGGAAGAAAUUGCAUAACUGUAUUGUUAAUAUGCAUUGUCAGGAUAAUUGCAUCAUGGAGAUGGGAUGCUGCUCCCAUCCCUCCCCCAUCCCACUGCCACAAAAACCAGGAAAAGCCAUUUUGGGAUGCAUUCGUAGCAACUUGUUAACAGAAAUAUCCUAUUGCACUAGGCUGAUCCAGGGUGGGGUCCAUUUUUCAGUCUAAAGGCCACAUUCCCUCAUGAGCAACUUGCUGGGUGGACAGGAGUCACAUGCCAGCAGUGAGCAGUGUGAAGGGGUGUGGCCAGUGGCAAAAAUGGUAAAAUCAAUGGGUACGACACUUAUCUGUGUACAGUAUGCUACAUUCCAAUUGUGCAUGUCAGAAUUUUCUACACAUGCAUCCAUCCAAGCAACUGAAAGGCAUUAUCACAUUUCAGGAGCAUAUCAUUUGCACAACACAUUAAGCCAAACUAUGGCUUACUGGAAGUGCACAAACAUGCAAGCUCCUGGAGAUGAGCUUGCAGCCAUUUUGCUCCUUCUCGGUCCUUUUUUGCUCUCAUACCGCACCAAGCUAAGUCAAGGAUUUGACAUAGUUUGUCAUUCAGACCCAGACCUGUGAUUAAACUGUCUCACUAACCACUAGCUGUAGGCAAGGUUUGUUCCUUUUUCAGAAUCCACACCAGGCUUCCUCAGCCUCGGCCCUCCAGAUGUUUUCGGCCUACAACUCUCAUGAUCCCUAGCUAGCAGGACCAGGGGUCAGGGAUGAUGGGAAUUGUAGUCUCAAAACAUCUGGAGGGCCGAGGUUGAGGAAGCCUGAUCCACACAGUAAACCCUAGAUUGACUUACCAUGAUGCCAUGUGUACCGGACCACUUGCACGGUAACGAGGGCUUACAACUUAUUUAACUUCUUGAUUGUGCAAAGAAACGGCCCUAUUUCUGGAUAUCUUAAAUGCAUGUGAAUUUAUUUUCUUGCAGAUUGAGAAGUUAUUGGCAACUGCUGAUUUUGGGCCUGAAGAAGAAGAAGGAAAGGAAUCGGUUCAAAAUGAUUUCAGGUAUAAAAUCAUAAACACAAAUGUAACGCUUUGGAAAAACUAGUUAAAAUAUUUUAAGAUGCGUUUUCAGGCUACUGUUGGUUUGGUUAAGAGUUGUGUGCCUGUGGUGGGUGAAAGACCACCUCCUUCCUUCCUACUGUAGUCUCAGUGUUCCCUUCCUACAGUGCAGUAUCUGUCUCUCUAAUUGAGGGACCCUCCAGAACAUUGUGGGCUGCAGUGGGUGGGGGGAAAUCAGCAAAAAUUCGGCAAAGGGACAAGUAUCACAUACAGUUAGGGCUACAGUUCUUACUUUUUCAUCCCUUUCUUGCAGUGAACAACGAUACACCAAAGCCACCACAUACCUGGACUCGUCCCUUUCCUGCAUGCGUGAUAAUCUGUUUGGAAUUGAUCAUGAUGCAUUAAAUAAGCAAAUAAUUGAAUACAAAAAAAUGACUAAGGACAAGGAAAUAGAAGGAGUUGGAUUGUCAGAGCAGCAGAAGCAACAGCUGGCUGAGAUACAAAAGCGCAAGAAAGUGAGAUGGAAGAAACCCAAGAAACCUUUUGAUGAUGGAAUGACACCUCAGAAAUACCUAAUGGACAAAUACAGUGAAGAUGAUUGGGACAGUGACACUGCGUCCUCACAUGAACUGGAAAAUGAACUGGAGGAUGAAUUGAAGGAAAUAGAAGAUAGACUGGAAGUAGAUAACAGUACCACCGAGCACAAGUAAACUUGUAAAACAAAACUAUGGCUUACCUGAGAGCAAACCCCAUUAACCUCAGUCGAAUUUAUUUCUAAGUAGGUAUAUACACGAGUUUAAAAUAAGGAUUUUGCUUUUCACCAUUAAAACAGCAUAUAGAGGAGGAAAACCAAAAAAUUUCAUAGAAUAUUUUUUAAAAACCUGGUUUCAAACUGUUUUUAUUAAACAAUUGGACAAU